UCGGUGUCGGAACAGCGUUUUCGCUUUUCAAAACACAUUCCCCCGUUCUUUGUCGCCAAGUACCAAUCAUCACCACCGGCGGCCGGCGACCGGCGACCUCUCCGGCUUCAGUCCCUGUCAAAUUCCAGAUUUUCCCUUCCGUUUCAGGUUUUUAUUGGACAAUGAGUGAGGUAUUUGAAGGAUACGAGCGCCAGUACUGCGAGCUCUCGGCCAAUUUGUCCAAGAAAUGCACCGCAGCUAGUCUUCUUGAUGGAGAGCAAAAGAAGCAAAAAGUUUCUGAAAUAAAAGUGGGAAUUGAUGAAGCAGAAUCUUUGAUUCGGAAAAUGGACCUUGAGGCAAGGAGUUUGCAGCCAAAUGUAAAAGUUGUCCUGCUUGCUAAGCUAAGGGAAUACAAGUCUGAUCUGAACAACUUGAAAGCUGAACUGAAGAGAAUUACAGCAACUAACUUGAAUCAGGCUGCACGGGAUGAAUUGUUGGAAUCUGGAAUGGCUGAUGCACUGACGGUUUCAGCUGAUCAAAGGGCAAGAUUAAUGAUGUCAACUGGAAGAUUAAACAAAUCCAGUGACAGGAUUAGGGAAGGUAGAAGGACCAUGCUGGAGACAGAGGAGCUUGGUGUGUCAAUUCUUCAAGAUUUGCAUCAGCAACGCCAGUCUCUCUUACAUGCCGAUAACACGCUUCACGGCGUGGAUGACAAUAUUAGCAGGAGUAAGAAAAUUUUGACCAACAUAUCAAGGAGGAUGAGCAGGAACAAGUGGAUUAUUGGCUCCAUAAUUGCAGCCCUCGUUGUUGCUAUCAUCUUAAUUUUGUACUUCAAACUUUCCAAAUAGCCAAAACGCUUCUUUGUGGCUUGGAUUGAUGUGUGCUGUGUGCUCUCUGACGAAACAAUGGAUCUGUUUCCUUCCCUUUUCUGUUCAUUUCCGCAGGUUUUUCCAGUGAGUCUUGACAUUUCUUUUGAUCAAUGGCAAGCUGUUUGUAUCUUGUUUCUUA